AUGGCGGCCCUUCAGCCGCGCGUGGUCCCUGCGGGCACCCGGACGGUGCUGCGGAGCUGUGGGGAAACUGAGGCAGGGACGGAGGGGGCGGCGCUCGGGGGUCGGGGGGGGAACGGGGACGCGGAGACCCGCGGGGGGAUCCCGGCGCCGCCUCCGCGCAGCGCUCCGGAGGGGCUGCACGGCGGGCGGGGGAUGCGCACCUGCCCGGACAGCCCCGCACCCCCCCGGCCCCAGUGCGGGGUCCGGGUCAGGCGGUGCCCGGGGGGCGUUGAGCCGCUGGCGGAGCUCCAUUCGCUGCUGGAUGACAUCGUGCUCACGCAUUCGCUGUUCCUGCCCACCGAGCUCUUCCUGCAGCAGCUGCACCAGCAAUAUCCUCGGGGCGCUCGGGGGGACAUCGGGGGGCUGCGGGAGGGGGGGCGUAGGGGUGGCACGGGGGGAGUGCGAGAGUGCGAUGGAGGACCUGAAGGGCAUCGCGGUGCCCCCCCCGGGUGUGAGGAGGUCCCCGUGUCCCCGCUGCUCCUUAACGCUGCCACCUUCGUGCUGGCGGGCGAUGGGGCCCCCCCGCGCUGGGAGGAGGGGUCCGGGCUGCGGCGCAAGCGAGCGGUGCUGGCGGUGCUGCUGCACUUCCUCGAGACCUACAAGGGGCUGCUGCAGGAGGAGGAGAGCGCGGGGAAGGUCAUCAAGGAGUUGUAUCUGCUCAUCAUGAAGGACGCAUCCCUGUACCACGAGCUGGAGGAUGAGAUCCUGAAGCUGCACCAAUUGGUGGAGACGGUGGAGCUGAAGGUCCCCGACGAGACCCCCCCCCCGAGCAAACAGGUGAAGCCGCUGUUCCGCCACUUCCGCCGCAUCGAUGCGUGCCUGCAGACGCGCGUGGCUUUCCGAGGCUCCGACGAGAUCUUCUGCCGUGUCUACAUGCCGGAUCACUCGUACGUCACCAUCCGCAGCCGCCUCUCGGCCUCAGUGCAGGACAUCCUCACCUCCGUCACCGAGAAGCUGCAGUACUCAGAGGAGCAGAGCGCGCGCGAUGAUGCGCUCAUCCUCGUCACCGUGGCCUCAUCCGGAGAGAAAGCCGUGCUGCAGCCCAGCGAGGAGUGCGUCUUCACCACGCUGGGCAUCAACAGCCACCUCUUCGCCUGCACCCGCGAUACCUUUGAGUCACUGGUGCCGCUCCCGGAGGAGAUCCAGGUGGUGCCUGGGGACAGCGAGAUCCACCGCGUGGAGCCCGAGGACAUCGCCAACCACCUCACCGCCUUCCACUGGGAGCUCUUCCGCUGCAUCCACGAGCUGGAGUUUGUGGAUUACGUUUUCCAUGGGGAGCGCGGGCGGCGUGAGACGGCCAACCUGGAGCUGCUGCUGCAGCGGUGCAGUGAGGUGCAGCACUGGGUGGGCACGGAGCUGCUGCUCUGCGAGUCGCUGGGUCGGCGCGCGCAUCUGCUCAAGAAGCUCAUCAAAAUUGCUGCCAUAUGUAAGCAGAACCAGGACAUGCUCUCUUUCUACGCCAUCGUCAUCGGGCUCAACAACGCCGCCAUCAGCCGCCUGCGGCUCACCUGGGAGGUGAGGGGCUGUGUGGGACCCCCCACUCUGGCCCCCGCCCCCCCAGCUGCUCACAGCCCCCCCCGGGGUGUUGUCUUGCAGAAACUCCCAGGGAAAUUCAAGAAUUUGUUUCGGAAAUUUGAGAACCUGACGGACCCCUGCAGGAACCACAAGACCUACCGGGAGGUGCUGGCCAAGAUGAAGCCCCCCCUCAUCCCCUUCAUUCCACUCAUCCUCAAAGAUCUGACCUUCCUGCAUGAAGGCAGCAAAACCCUCCUGGAUGGGCUGGUCAACGUGGAGAAGCUGCACUGCAUCGCAGAGAAGGUGAGGACCAUCCGCAAGUACCGGAGCCGCCCGCUGUGCCUGGAGCUGGAGCCGUCCCCCAGCCAGCUGCAGACCAAGGCCUACGUGCGGCAGCUGCAGGUGAUCGACAACCAGAACCUGCUGUUCGAGCUGUCCUACAAGCUGGAGCCCGGCGGGCAGUGAGCGGCGCCCGCCCGCACUCUGCACUUUGCCCGGGGGUCCCUGGGGCCUCCCCACCCCCCGUGGCCCCCUCUAUUUUUGUAUGUGUCCCCACGACCCCGUCCCCGCUUCCGCCUGGGCCCCGGGCCCCAGAAUGUGUAUAUUUUGUACCAAAUGCGUCUUUAAUUGUAAAUUUAUUUUUUAAGAAAAAGGAGGAAAAAAGGAUUAAAAAAAAAAAAAAGAAAAAAAGAGUCUGAGCGCCAAUAAACGGCAGCCCCGAGCACGCGUCCGGCGCGCGGGAUGACGUCGUGGUGUGCGUGCGUGACGUCACGCUGCUGCUGGUGACGUCACGGAUGACGUAACAGCGAUCAGCGAGCUUCCUAAGAUGGCCGCAGCGGGGCGCUGCGACCUCCCCAACAUGUCGGCCGGAACGAACCACAUGAUCGCCUCAAAAUGGCCACCGGAAUAGCGCCGGGCGACCUUCCCAAUAUGGCGGAUAACAGACGCAGGCGUUGGGCCGCGGUCUGCAGGUUCUGUGCGGCGGCUCUUAGCGCAGAGCGCAUUCUCUUCGGCUGCUUCUCGCUCUCAUCCGUCCUAGGACGCCCGGAUGACCGCCAAAAUACCCCAACAUUUCGGAGGCCCAGAGGCACGGCGCC